AUGGCUACGGAUAACCAGCAAAAGCUUCUGCAGAAGAACAAGCAGUAUGUAGCCACGUUCGAUAAGGGCGAUCUCGCGUUACCACCGGCGAAGAAAUACCUUGUCGUAACCUGCAUGGACGCGCGUAUCGACCCAGCUGCUGCCUUCGGCAUAGAUUUAGGUGAUGCGCAUGUCAUCCGCAACGCCGGCGGAAACGCAAAGGACGCUUUUCGGUCCAUCUUAAUCUCGGAACAUCUCCUUGGAACUCGGGAGAUCGUGCUCGUAAAGCAUACCGGCUGUGGGAUGCUGACUUUCUCCAACACUGAUGCGGCAAGCGUUAUCGAGAAGAACGGCAGUAAGGUGCCGCACGCUUUAGACUUUCAACCCUUCUCGGACCUUGAGAAAGCUGUUGAAAGUGAUGUCCAGUGGUUGAAAGCGAACGGAUCAUUGGCCAGCGGUGUUGAGAUCAGUGGAUGGCUCUAUGAGGUCGAGACGGGUGAGGUGAGGCAGGUCGCGUAG